UUUGGAAUGACAUAAUUGGAUUCACGUGGUUCUCGGAUAAAUAAUAUUCCUGUCAUCUGGACCGGAAAUAUAUUGUUCCGGCGCGCCAGUGAUAUAGUUCGAGGCAGCAACAAAUGUGUUACGCCCAAGCAACAAUUCCACCAGCUCCCCGUUGCCGCUAUAGAGGGAAGAGGGUGAAUUCUAUAUGUUUUUCAAUGCUAUUGGGCUAUGGAGAACCGAUAUUCAACUUGUUUUCAAAUUAAUUGUUGUAGUUGGAGCUGGCUACAUACCCUCCUGGCGUCUUCCGCUCUCCCCCGCCAAGUUCACAGUUGUCUUCAUCCCAGCGGCUCACUCUGUUUCUUCAGCUUCAAGGGUGAUUUUAUUUCUCACUAGGAAUGAUACUUUGCCAUUUUAAGUGAACAAUGGCGAUGAAACCGAAAAAUAAGAUUCGCGUUCCGCGACGGAGCAUGGCCGCGCGAGACGGCUCCGCUGAUUUCGAUACCUCGUGGGCUUUACUGGCUGCCUCGCUUCAAGAAAUCCAUACAAAAAACGCCUCGAACCUAUCAUUCGAAGAAUUGUACCGGAACGCAUACAAACUCGUUCUUAUUAAAAAAGGUCCAGACCUUUACGAUCGCGUAGUUGAACUAGAAAGGAACUGGCUUCAAAAUGAGGUGCUAAGAAAAGUCACCGCAAUUAUUUCCCCAUCACUUGCACUGGAGGGAGACGCGGUGGACACCCUGGAUCAAGCCAACGAGAGAAGGGUAGCUGGCGAACGUUUUUUGUUGAAACUGAAAGAAGUAUGGGAACAUCACCAGCUUUGCAUGGGCAUGAUCACAGAUGUACUUAUGUACAUGGACAAAAUAAUCCUCCAGGAUAAACUCCGACCAUCGAUUUAUACCACUGCGAUGUGCUUAUUCCGCGAUUACGUCUUGAGAUCAGACAUUGGAGAGGAUAGACCAAUAACAGUUGCUGAUGUAUUCGAAGCAACGGUGCUAUUCAUGAUCCGGCUAGAACGAGAAGGCAACAUUAUUGAUCAAGCUUUAAUACGGCAUUGCAUAUACAUGCUUGAAGGCCUCUAUGAAACAGAAAAGGAAGAGGAAUCUGGGAAGCUUUAUUUUACCUCUUUUGAGCCCGCUUUUUUGGAAUCGAGCCGGAUUUUCUACCUCGGAGAAGGCCAGCGUCUCCUUGCUACAGCUGACGCCUCCACUUUCUGUAAGCGGGUAGCUGAAAGGCUACAAGAGGAGGAAGACCGCUGUCGAUAUACAUUAUCUCCUGCGACAGAGGACAAAAUCAAACAGGUUAUCGAUGAAAAUCUGAUUGAAAAACACAUCGGAGAUGUUAUAUCUCUGCCAGAUAGCGGUGUCAAAUACAUGCUAGACAAUGAUCGAUUAGACGAUUUGAAAAAUGUCUACGAGUUAAACUCGAGGAUUGACGGGAAAAAGAGGGCCCUAACAUCCGCUGUACAGGCGCGGAUCAUCGAACUAGGGUCGGAGAUCAAUAAUGCAGCCAUUGAACUUCCUCAAGGCCCUCCACAAAGUCAAAACACGCCAGACCAGGCCCAAAAUGGAGCGAAAGGCAAGGGAACUGAUGACAAGGGCCCAGUCAAUCUGCAGACUGCAGCUGCAAUAAAAUGGGUGAACGAUGUUCUGCGGUUGAAGAACGUGUUUGAUAAAGUUUUGGAGCAGGCUUUCAAGCAGGAUCAAGCAAUGCAGUCCUCCAUAACAACAAGCUUUGCAGAUUUCAUCAAUAUAAACUCUCGAAAUUCGGAGUACCUGUCACUUUUCUUCGAUGAAAAUUUGAAAAAGGGAAUCCGAGGUAAAACAGAGGAGGAAAUAGAUGCACUGCUGGAUAAUGGAAUCACUCUACUGAGGUAUAUCCGCGACAAAGAUUGCUUCGAGAGCUACUAUAAGAAACACCUUUCCCGACGGCUCCUCAUGAAGCGGUCCGCAAGCACAGAAGCAGAACGACAGAUGAUUGAAAAAAUGAAGAUGGAAGUCGGCAAUACCUUUACGCAAAAAUUAGAAGCCAUGUUCAAGGAUAUGGAACUAUCCAGCGGUCUCACGUCCAACUAUGCGAACUACCUGUCACAGCAAGAAGACCAGAAUACAAAACGGAUUGACCUCGAAAUUAGUGUGCUUACAAGCACAAUGUGGCCGAUGGAAAUGGUAACCAGCUCCAAUAAAGACGGCACGCCUUCGAUGCAAUGCAAUUACCCAAAGCACAUCGAACAGCUCAAACAAAGCUUCGAGCACUUUUACUUAGGACAACACAAUGGGCGCAAACUUUCAUGGCAGUCUGGCAUGGGUACUGCCGAUAUUCGGGCUACUUUUUCGAGACCCAAUGGAAAGGUUGUUCGCCACGACUUGAACGUUUCCACAUACGCAAUGGUUAUUCUACUCCUAUUCAAUGAUUUACCUGCGGACGAAUCUCUCACAUUCGAAGAAAUCCAAGCCCGAACGAAUAUCCCAACCAACGAACUCUCGAGAAACCUGCAAUCUCUUGCUGUGGCGCGGAAAACUCAAGUUUUAAUGAAGGAACCUAUGAGUAAAGACGUGAAGCCGACGGAUCGAUUCUCCUUCAAUGAAAAAUUCCAUAGUCCGUAUACCAAAAUUAAAAUAGGUGUCGUCAGCAGUGCAGGCAACAAGGUCGAAAACAAGGAUGAGCGGCAAGAAACCGAAAAGAAAAUGAACGAGGAGCGCGGUGGUAGCAUCGAAGCUGCCAUUGUACGGAUUAUGAAACAAAGAAAAACGCUUUCUCACUCCCAAUUGAUUGCGGAAGUAAUCUCGCAACUCGUCUCCCGGUUCACCCCCGAAGUGAACAUGGUCAAGAAGAGAAUUGAGAGUCUAAUAGACCGCGAAUACAUCGAUCGGAUUCCAGAUUCCGAGCCCCCAGCUUAUGUAUAUCACGCGUAGACAAUACACUCACCCGCACACUCCCAGCGAAAGAUGAGGACUACAACCUUUUCACGUAGUUUGAUGAUGACACUAGAUGACCCCCUCUGCAUUCCCCUCUUUUUCUGAUUUCUGGGAUCCUGAGAAUCUUUUGCCAUAGCCUACCCUACCUACCAAGGACUAGGUAACCAGUUAGUGCUUCAAGCGGGUUUGUCUUCUUCCAUAGGUUCACGAUUUUCCCUUCCAGGCUCAUGUUCUCAGCGACAUAUGCUCAUUUCCAUUUCUUUUCUUCUCCGCCAAACUUUUGGGUUACAUGGGGCUGGUAUCAUAUGGGAAAUUGGAUGGUGCGAGCAAUAUUGAUUUUUGUCUUUUAUAUUUCUUCAUAUUUGUUCCUGAACGUGGUAAUGAACUUACGGCAUGCAUGAGAAAGAAUAUUGAAUAACCUCAGCCUGGACUUCAUAUUCAAUGGAUAUGUGCACUUUCCCUCCGCUUUAACGAUCUCUAGUUUUACUGCUACCAACCCUCUGCCCGCGCUCCUCCCAUCUUCGGUUUUUUAUUUUAUUUAUUUUAUUUUUUUAAUACCUUUUCCGAAUCGGAGUAAGUCCUCUCACUUUUUAUUUCGACGUAAAUGUUAAUCGCCAUGCCCACAUUUCCCAAUCAUUCCACAUACAAUUAAUUCUCCUUCCUUGUCUAUUCGGUUUUACUUUGCGAGCUGUAGACUAGAAAUGUCCUCUUCAACACGAUGGUAAUGAAUUUUUGUGAACGUGUCCAUUAAUCCCCUCAUCUUCUUCCUAUUUCCCAUUCAUAAAAUCAACACCAUCGCCAGGCAAUGCAAAUGAGAAACAAUGGGACAAGUGAGGGCUGUAAGCCGAGUAUAGAAGGUCAACAAAAAUGGGAACCCAUCCAUCCAAGACCAUA